CGCUGAAAGACGGUUGCUAUUUGAAUAACUCGCAACCACCAUUCACGUUGAUUGAUUUUUAUUUUGUUAGUGUAUGAAAAAUCUCUACAGUAAGAAAAUACUGAAAAAAAGGGUUAUUUUAAUCACACCAUCGAAUCGAUAUUGUCGUUGGAAUCAAUCAAAAUCAGCAAAACUCGUCGAAAAGCACCAUCAAAGUUGAAAAAAAAAUUAAAUGGCAAAGCUGAAGUUGUUUGUGUAUUUGUGAUGUUGAAAAAAACGUCGAAAUUGACUAUCACAAUGACCAGACGGUGAUACAUUUGUGAACAAACCAGCAAAAUAUUUCAUUUAAUUAGAUUUGCGCAAUAAAAAAAAACGUAGCAAAAUGUUAAGUUACUGCAUUAUGUAAAAACGGGUUUAGUUAUUGAAAAAAGGGAGAAAUUUUCAUCGUAUACGAGAAGAAAAAUUUCGAUUUAGAUAAGACGAAUGAAGUGAAAAAAAAAGUUUGUUCGACAUUUCGUUCAUUUUUCCAUGGUAAAUCGGUGUACAAAACGGCUGUGUCUGUGGAUGCUGUGAAAAGAGAAGCUUUCGGUUCAAUAUUGGACGAGAUUUAAGAGCACGCGCGUCAACUAGCUGAGAGAAAGAGCGAUAGCCGAAGCUUUUUCCACGUUACAGACAACACAACACACAUGCACUGAUUAUCCGCUCUUGCGUUCAUUCGCGUAUGUAUUUGUAGAUGUGUUUUUAUGUGUGUAUGUGUAUUUGAAUACGUGUACAAAGCACUUGAACAACAACUUGAACUGAUAUAUCCGAGCUAAAAUAAAACGAAAGGUCCAUUAUCAUUUGCACAAUCCACCGUUUCGCGUGUGUUUUCAUUGGGUGAACAACUUUACAUACACUUCGUUUGGGAAAGAUGUCGUCGUCUACACAAUUGCCAUCAUCUGUGCCAAUAUUUCGACGGAUUUGAAUUAAAUUUUUCAGAUCAGUUUGAAUUAACGCUAUAGCAAAAGAUUUUUUAAGGAUUGUUGACUGUGCACUAGCUCACAAUCCAAGACGGAUCGAUUAAAUCUUCAAGAGAAUUCACCUUCUUUCAGUUGCAAACGCAAUUCCUUAGUGUGUCACAACUGAAAGGCAGCACAGCAUCAUUGAAUGAAGAUGUCCAAGUCGAAAACGAGAACACUACACUGCCUGUGGCUUUUCCUACUGGCAUGCUUAUGCAGUGCAUCGCUAGCGAACAAUGCAAAAAUAAAUUUCCGAGAGAAAGAGAAAAAGGUGUUGGAUCAAAUUUUAGGACAAGGAAAAUAUGAUGCACGUAUUCGCCCAUCGGGGAUUAAUGGAACCGUGGAUAGCGCAACCCGAGUUUUUGUCAAUCUAUUAGUUCGUUCCAUUUCGAAAAUCGACGAUUAUAAAAUGGAAUACAGCGUGCAAUUAACAUUCCGUGAGCAAUGGUUAGAUGAACGGCUUAAGUUCGAUGAUUUUGCAGGUCGUUUGAAAUAUUUAACAUUGACCGAAGCUAAUCGUGUUUGGAUGCCUGAUUUGUUCUUCUCAAACGAAAAAGAAGGACAUUUCCAUAAUAUCAUUAUGCCAAAUGUUUAUAUUCGAAUCUUCCCAAAUGGUUCUGUACUAUAUAGUAUACGAAUAUCGUUAACAUUGGCAUGUCCAAUGAAUUUGAAAUUGUAUCCACUCGAUCGACAAGUGUGUUCACUUAGAAUGGCCAGCUAUGGGUGGACCACAGCUGACUUGGUGUUUUUGUGGAAAGAAGGCGAUCCGGUACAAGUGGUGAAAAACUUACACCUACCACGAUUUACAUUAGAAAAAUUCUUAACAGAUUACUGUAACAGCAAAACCAAUACGGGCGAAUACAGUUGCUUGAAGGUAGAUCUCUUGUUCAAACGUGAAUUCUCAUACUACUUGAUUCAAAUCUACAUUCCAUGCUGCAUGUUGGUUAUCGUAUCAUGGGUGUCAUUUUGGCUUGAUCAAGGAGCUGUUCCUGCCCGUGUUUCAUUGGGUGUAACUACACUCCUGACAAUGGCCACACAGACAUCGGGUAUAAAUGCAUCGUUGCCACCCGUCUCUUACACAAAGGCCAUUGAUGUUUGGACAGGCGUGUGUCUGACUUUCGUAUUUGGCGCACUGCUCGAAUUCGCUUUGGUCAACUAUGCUUCUCGCUCUGAUCGUGCUGCAGAUAUGCAUCGUGAAAGCAUAAAGAAAAAAAGACGCGAUAUGGAACAGGCUAGCAUGGAUGCUGCUUCUGAUUUGUUAGAUACCGAUAGCAAUGCAACAUUUGCCAUGAAACCGUUGGUACGGCAUCCGGGCGAUCCUUUGGCCUUAGAAAAAUUGCGUCAAUGUGAGGUGCACAUGGCACCACAAAAAAGGCCAAACUGUUGCCGAACAUGGCUAUCGAAAUUUCCAACAAGACAAUGUUCUAGAUCGAAAAGAAUCGACGUUAUAUCACGAAUAACGUUUCCACUUGUAUUCGCCCUGUUCAAUUUGGUCUAUUGGAGUACGUACCUUUUCAGAGACGAAGAAGAAAAUUAAGUUUCUUCCUUAGAUACGAGUCACACAAAAGAAAAACCAACUGAAAUUAGCAUCAUACCAAGACGAAUUAAGACAACAAUAGAAUAAUCUAAUUUAAUGUAGUGAAUUAUUUGAUGAACAAAUUAUUGUGACAAAAUUCAUUAAACAUGAUUAUGGAUGGCAAGUGAAAGAAAAACGACGAAUUUAAAACGAGAGAAAUCUAUUUGAUAGACACCAAAUUGAGAAAAUCGUUUGGCUUUUUUCAAGCCAGAAGGAACACAUUUAUGGAUAGACACAACUAAAUCGCUCGCGUUCGGCUCAAACUUAAUCUUUGUUGCAUGAAUAACACACGAAUAUACAAAUAAAUCAUUGAUUGAAAGGAGUGAAAUGAUCAUAAAACACAACAAACUUAACCUUUUACAGUCAAUUGGCAUAUUAUUACAUUUCACAUUAAAUUCGAACCAUAACAGUUUAAUUCACGUUUCUACAAUCAUCCAAAACGCUGUCCAUCGAAACAACAUUGUUAUGUCACUCAAAAAUUGAUUUGACAUUGCAACAUUUUUAACAUUUUCAUGACCAAAGAAUAAUAAUAAUAUUUUGCAUUUGAAGCUAAUCAUUAACUUUUCACACGCACCAUAUAUUUUUGGUUAGUAGAUUGAAAAACAAACAUACAUUGUUCAUCUUUCGAAAUAAGUUCUUUUUAUUGUAAAAAAAUAAAAAUGAAAUUGUUAUGAUUAAAUCACUAUUAAUAAAAUGAGGGCAUCUUCAAUAUAAAAACAAAAACGAUUACAUACAAGUACUUUAAGCUAUCUUUUAGAAUGUAGAUUAUUGAGCAUUAAUUUUUAUUGAGUUUUCAUAAAAGAAAAAUGAUAUUCAACCAGAAAAAUAGAGCCAAGUCCUGAUAAAUGUGUCCUUGAAAUGUUUCUCAAUGCGGUGGUCAGCCCAUUUAACUUAACAAGUGCUUUCAGUGUAAAAAAAAACGAUUACUAUUGCACACGAAUGAAUCAAGUUCAAAUCUUACAAACGAGAUAAAGACAAUUAAACCAUGCAGAGAAUAAUUUUCUCUCAACUUUCCAACAUCAUCUUUUUGUACCAGACGUCAAGUGGAGUUGGACUCCAUACUAUUUGUAAAUACGUAGUAUCGUACCGCAGAUAUCGUUUACACAGACACACAAAGAUCCACAGCAAUUGCGAUUUUCGAACAUAAAAAUUUACACACCAUUUUUUCAAAACUACGAUACUUAAUCAAUAGCGAAACUUAUUGCGAAAAUAAAUGUCGAAACAUUCAGCUACACAUUAAACUAUAUCGGCAAAAUAAAUGAAUAAAAUUAAAUAUACACAUAUACAUUAUUAUCGGAGUCUCAUGCUUGCAAAUUAGAAACACAUGCAAUUUACAACAAAGCAGCUGAGAAAAGAUGAAAAAAGACAACAUUGGUUAUUGUUUAACUCUUGGUAAAGACUUUUUUACCCGACAAUUCAGAAUGAUGCUUUCAUAAUUUUUUGUAAGAUUUUAAUUGAAAUCCACGUAAAAAACUAAUAUAGUAAGCGUAUUGAUGUAUGAGUGUUCCCUUUUUAUUUGUCCAAACUUUUUUAAUGCCAUAUUCAAUCUACUGAAAAAACGCGUGUACAGAACAUAAAAUUACAUUUAGAAAAAAAAGAAGAAAAAAAAAACUCAUUAAGUAUUAUGAUGGUUUCCUUUGAACUUUUAAUGAAACAAAAAAACACUGAAAAUUAUUAAUCGAAUCACGUGUCAAAAUUUUUGUUAAUUUUUUUACAAUUUUACAGAGCGAGGAAAUUAAAUGAUAUUUCCCACAUAAUAAAAUAGUUAUAAACAAAAAAGGAGAGCGCUUGAACGUGGUUCGUCUUCUGGAUUCAUCGUCUCAUUUUAUUAAUAUUUAUGUGAAAUAAAUAGACGAUAUUACAGCAGAUGCUAUCACCUCUUCAAGCAAAUUCAAGUUCCUCGCUUUGCAAAUUCAUUUAAAAAAUUUACCCAAACCAAAAAAAAAAUAUUUAUGAAAGAAAUGAAACAAAUAAAAUACGAGAAAAAGAUUUAAAAAAAAAAAACAUAAAAACAUACUAUUAUUGGCCAAUUAUAAUUAUAAGCCAAAGAUCAAAUUAAACAAUGAACAAUGCCAUGAUAAACACAUGGUUUCGGAUGGUGAUAAAAGAAAAACAAAAAAUUCACCAAAUUUCAUUUGCAAAAAAAAAA